AUGCAGCUUCUUCAACUUGUCUCUCUCCUAUCCUCCACUGAUGCAGCGCCAGCCAAUGCGCCACAAAAGAGGCAACUCGGCUUUGGGCUUGACGCCAGUCUCAACGCAGGCUUCGGUCUAGGCUAUGGGUACGGUGCAGGUGGUUAUGGUUUGGCCAACAACUUUUAUCAGCCUUAUGCGUACUAUCCUGCCUUCUAUCCUGGCUAUCAGCUUGGCUACCUUCGCAAUGCCGUUCAACCAGGCAAGCCCGUCAGCGAGGAAGAAGCAAAAUGCAAUGCGUUUUUGAUAUUUGUUGCUACAAAGCCCGUUAUCAAGGCCAAGAUGGUACAGGAGUAUGGGUCCAUCAUGUCAGGAGAGGUCAGCUUGGCUGAUGAGAUCAAAGCAUGGCAUGUCAUGACUGCCACAGAUGCCAAUGCGACAACAACUCACGUCCCUGACAAUCAAGGUGUCGUAUCUUCGGUGCAAGCUGAUACAGUCGCUUCACCUGUCGUGUCUGCUGGAGACGCCAAGGAUAAGCCUUCCAAGAAACAACCACCAACUUGUCUCGAUUUGACAGAAUACAUCAUUCUCUAUGGCGAUUCUGAGCUCGCCGCCAACCUGCAAAGCGCAUAUGGUGAGUGGGUUGCUAAGAUGCAAGUCUCCAAAACUGGUGCAGUUGGACCCACGUCGUCCGACUUGCCACCUUCUCCAGGCAUCUCGACAACCCAGACCGCGAGUGAGCAACCACCAGCUGUACCUACACCUGCGAUGCCUGAUUUGACGGCACCAGUAAGUGCGCCAGCUGCUCUUCCCUCGUCUGUCAGCGAGAACUGA